AUGGCGCAACUUAGCCCUCUGGCACAGGCAAGUAGCCCCACAGGGCAGAAGAGAGAAGCCCCAGAAGACAACGACCAGGUUGCCACUCAGCUUUCUCCAACUCAAGACAUUAAGAACGAUAUACCUUCGGCAUUCGAGCUUAUGGAAUCUUCUGAGGAACGUCGAGACUUGGUAGGGGGUCACGCCGCCAAUCUAGUCCCCAUUUCCAGCAUCGGCAGCGUAGGCUCUACAGCCACCUUCAGCUCCACCCCUCGACUCACCCACACCCCCACGUCGGCCGACUUCCAGCCGCCCUAUUUCCCGCCACCCUAUAGUAUGCCACAGCAACAUUUGGAGUUUCACCAUCCUCACGUUAACGCCGACCCUUAUACUCACUUGAAUAGUCUUGCGGCCGCACAACACCCCCAACAGUACCAUCAACUUCACCCCCCACAGCGAACCCACAAUGUUUUUGGAGCUCGACGAGAGGAUGAACCUCUCCACCUUCAACCUAAUGUACAUCCCGGACUUGCUGGAUCCUAUGAUUUGGCCCGUCGGACAGAUCCCACUUACGCCAGUGUCCGACGUCCGGACGUUGCAAUGCACGCUGGUCAUCACGGCUUGAGCGAGCAAGACCUCAUCAAUCUUCACAAUGCGGGGACACUGCCAUCUAUUGAAGACAGUCAG